GAUGGUCAUAUUUGAUAAAACCAUGACAACUAAGCGAUUUUCCAUGAGUUUUGGAAAAUUAAGGAUAUUUGAAAGUUUUUUUUUGCAAAAGCAACUUGAAAUGCAUUGAAUUACUAUUUGAUGCAUCGCAUACUAUCAUGAUUUGCUUUUGUAUGAUUUUCUGGAAUUUGUCGAGAUUCAUUGUCAUCCUUAAGGAAUAUUUUUGUACUAGAUCACAUCAUUAAAAUUUAUUCACCUUUGGCUAAUGUUGGAGAUACCAACGGAAAACAAAAGAAACAGAAGGAAUGUAAACAAAUACUAAUGACCAAAGUUCCAAGAACACAUUACCGUACCAAUGUGAAGUAUUUUUUUUUUCGCUCAUGAAUCUCAUUUUACUUUUUUUCGAACGAUUCUUUUCCUCAAAAUAUAUCAUCAAUUGAUAUCAAUAAAUUUCGUGUUAGAAAUGGUUGCAGCAAAAUCACCUAUGAAUCGAAAAGUUUGGCAUCUAAACUGUUUGAAUCCUGUAAAAUGUUCCCCAUAUAUAGUUUGUUCGCAGAGCAUAUUUUGGGCUGUCUUACACAAAGACCACUAUAAAAUCCAUAUUUUAGCUAUAGGUCGUAAUUUGCCCAUAAUUUCUUUAAGCAAGAAAUUGAUAAGAAUAAAUAAAGUUUAUUCUUCUAACGACAGAGAAUUCCAAUGUUUGUUUUUCGUUUAGUAACCAUGCGCAAAAACUAUAUCUAUAUUCGCAUGAUAUGGCAACUUGCUGCGUUUUAUCAAUAAACAAUUCAAUCAAAGCAAACCGAAGAAAAACAAAACUUCUGUCAACUUAUUUUUUCUUCUGCAUAGGAUUUCAUUGCAAAUUUCUCUGAAAAUUGAUAGAAUUGCUGUAAUCGCGAUUGCAUUGGUUGAAAAUGAAGUCAAAUAGUUCAAAAUCAAAAUACCUUUUCGACGCGGACGCUCCUCGCCAGCCGACCCACCAACAAGUCAUGGAAAUGGUAAAGGCGGCUGAACGUGAAAUGCAAAUCGAUUUGCAUGAAAAACGCAAUCGACUGCACAUUCAAACAGCGAACGAAACUCUGGGAUAUCAACAAGAAAUUCACAACAAAUACAAUAUGCUGCGUGAACAAGAGGUCCGAACACAAAUCGAAAACUUGGACAGAUUGAAAAUUCAACGCGAACUGGAUCGACAGAAAUUCGUUGAACAUAAGCAAAUCCAACAACAUGUACGAAAUUCCGAAGCAUUCCGUUUAGAAUUGUCCAAAAAACUAUUGGAGGAAUGCGAACAGAGCCGUAAUGAGCAAAUCCAACGGUUGAAAUUGGAGCAAGAAUCAGCUGAAGCUGAAGAAAAUGCACAGAUUCAAGAAGCAAGACGCAUACAAAUCGAAGAAAUGCAAAAAGAAGCCGAAGCUGAGAAUGUCAUUAAACAGCAGACAAAUUGGCAGUCACGAAUUGAAUUGCAAAAAGAAUUGGAGCGUAAAAUUGAAAAACGAAAGAGGAAGGAAGCCGAAAAAGAAAUUGAACGAAAGUCACUCGAGCGAACAGACGAAGCCGUAAAACGGCGAGAAGAAGAACUUAAAAUGGUCAAACAACAAGAAAUUCAGUCGCAAAAAGAAUUUCUCAAGCGUCAAAUUGAAGAACGCAAGAAGAAUGAAGAGUACCAUCGGCAGAGAGAAAUUGAAUACGGUAAAAUAGUAGCUGAAGAAAAUCGGCAACAAAUGGAAAAGGAAGCUGCCGAAGCUGAAUACGCGAGAAGAAAGCAAAAUGUGGAAAAUUUGAAUUUUGCCGAUUAUUUGAGCCGAACAAGAGCUGAUAAAAAGGAAAUCGAAGCCGAAAAAAUUGAUUUGAGACAUGUAAGCCUUAUUAAUGAAGAAUUCGAGGCUGAUGCCGAAAUGAAGCGACACGAACGGAAGCAAUUACUCAAUACGGAAUUGCGGAACGAAUAUUUCAAAAAAUUGAAAGAAAAGCAGACUGAAAAAAUCAAGGAAAAACAAAAAGAUGUUCGAUCGCUAGAAGAAAGUCAGAGACUUAAUGCCGAAUAUGAAAAAAUGAUGGCUGCCCGAAAGGCUCAGAAUAAACUUCAAUUCCAACAGGAUCUUCAACGACAAAUUGAAUUCAAAAAUAUGGAAGCGGCAUACAAGUUGGAACAAGACGCAAAACAUCGCCAAGGAAUUGAAGAAAUGGCCCGAGCAUCGAAUACUUUAGACCAGAAAAUCCUAAACGAAGGCAUUGAAAAUGUUUUAACAAAGCAUCCCUUUUACAAGUGUUUGUUACAUAAAAAUUAAAAGCGUGAUGAUGGAAAAAAAAAUUAUAAAGUGUAAAAGAUCCAUCCUUUCAAUCCAUUGACCCAAAUAAACCGCGAAAUAAAAUCGAA